UAAUAAUAAUAAUAAUAAUAAUAAUACAGAAAAAUCAAAAAUAUUUGAUUUAACUUGGGCAGGAUGGGGAACAUAGUUAUACACUGUUCUGUUCUAACUGUAAUCAGGACACUGUCAUGUCCACUCUAUUUCUCUCUGGGCCUUUGAGAUCCUAACACAUAUACACACAGAACAGACAAAACAACAUUUCUAAUACAAAUAUAGAUUUAUUUACAGCAUGUACACAUUAUAAACAGAACAUUAGGAGAGGCAUGGUAUUGUAGCGAUGCCCGUCAGUUGUAAGACGUCCAACAUCCCAAAAACUAGGCUGAAUAUCAUGUGAUUAUUUAAAAUUUAUGAACUUUGUCUAUCAUAUGAGGCUGAAAAAUAUCAGUUUUUCACACCUUUUGCCAGCUAUGUAUUAAAAUAGCACAGAACACUUUGUUAGUUGCAUUUUCUAUGUGAUUCAUCACAGACAGCUCCACUAACCCACUGAACAACUCUGAUUCAUUACUGGGACACUUCUAGUGUUUCAGCUCUCACUGUCUUUAACCUGCUUUCCAUCAAUGAUCUCUCGCGUCAUGGAUGGUUUGCUCAGAGUUUACAGUUCACCUCCAUCUGUGACCCUGCAGAACUGUGACCAGCAGAGGGCGCCCCGAGCCCGCUCCAUGCUCCAUGUCAGCAGAGGAGAAGAACAGGAGCAGCACCCAGCUGAGUCCUCAAAUCCGUGGGGGAAAGUCACGAAGGAGAAGAUGAUCUGCAGGAUCCUGCUGCUCAUCAGCCUCAACUGUGUCUGUGGAACAUUUGUAGUGAAUGUGACACAGAUGUCCUAUCAGGCGGAGGAGAACCACAGCAUCUCACUGGAAUGGACGUUCACAACCACAGCUGACACUUCCCCCAACUCCAUUUUUAUUUUCUGUGAGAUGAGCACUGCCCACAGAGCCUCAGUCCUGUUUGAACUAUGUGGAGGUCUUGAGGUCCCAGAGUCUCGGGAUCAACAGUUUGUAGGACGAGUCCAGUGGGACAAAGACGUCCUCAGAGACGGACGACUCAGACUUCAUGUGUCCAGACUCAGGACUGAGGACUCAGGCCGGUACCUGUGUGAUGUGAGGACAAACUAUGGUGUGGACUUUGGUGAAUGUCAGCUCAACGUCUCUGCAGCGAGAGAUGGACCCAAACCUGAGAGAGACAACACAGACACACCUGGGAGAGACAACACAGCAAGACGAGGAAGGGUCGUCCUCUACUGUGGACUGGGACUGGCAGCAGCAGCAGCAAUAGUUUUUCUUUAUCUUUUAUUUGUUCACCGUCUGUGUGAUGAAGAAGGAUUCUGCCUCAGACUCCAGUUGGGACUCAAGAAAUGUUACAGAUCAGUAAGCUGAGAAGGACAGUGUGAUCAACAUCUUAAUUAGACAUAAGGACAGACUACUUGAGAACAUAAUGACUCAGCACCAGCGAUGACUACCUCCUCCAGAACCUGUUUGUGGACUUCAGCUCUGCUUUCAGCACCAUCAUCCCGGCUCACUUGUUACAACAGCUCAAGAUGUGCAGGAAAAAGAAUCAGACAAAUACGCAUUAAGGUGAUAAAAAAAAUAAAUAGACAAAAUAAGAUAUUUACAAAAGACAAAGUGAGUGGAAAGUGAUUGUUCAGGCAGUGCUUGAGUGAAACAGUGUGACGGCUGUGGGGAUGAAGGAUCUGUGGUGGCUCCUUCUCACACACUGGGUGUGAGAGUCUGCAGCUGACAGAGCUGCUUAUGAAAUGUGACUCUUGUUGAUUUCCAGUAAUUGAAAAUAAACCUGUUCUGUGACUUCACUGUGUAAUGACUGUGACUGGAGGAUCUCUGAGGGAUUGUGGUUACGGACGAUCGCAGUUUGUCAAAAUAUGUCUUUUGUGUUAAGAUUUCGAUUUUUCUAACUUUUAACAUCCUCAUCUGUUUGUGUACAGAAGUUUAAAAGCCAAACAAACUCUGAAUGUUUGAAUCGGAAGUUGAAUUGGUCCACUGGGAACCUGUUGUGUUGACAUGAGGGAGACUCAAGUUUCUGAUGAAGCUGCUGUUUCACUCCAAACAGAAUAAAGUCCAGCUGUAACCAGACAGCAGCAAACUCAACACCACACAGUAGAGGUAUAGAGAUCGAUGUAAGAACAACACUGAAGAUAAAAACUUAAAGAAUGACCUAAAGCAGCCUCUACAUUCAACAAAACAUUCAGAGGUUCAAUAAACAAGUUGGGGUUCACUUUUAUUCAGGAGUUGUGAAUCAAUCAGGUCAAACAUCUUCAUGUGUGACUCUGAUGUCCUGAAAUACUCAAGUAAUGUGUGACAAACUGAGUCAGACGUCACAUUUAAAUCAAAUAUCACAGAUGAAACACAACAUGUGAACAUCUUCAUGUCCUUCAGUCACAUUUCAACAACCUGAUGGUCUAAAAAUGAUCUCAGCUGUCACCUGCAGACAGGUGAGUGAGUCUCAACUGGUGAUAAAGAUACAGAGCUCCCUCUGCUGACCACAGCACAGUUUUACUUCACAAAAGUUCAGUGUGUGGAAGUUGCAGCUGUAGAUCAAAUCUGGACUGACAGAGCAGGUUUGCUGUUUACAGAAUGUCAGAACAGAAGAGAAAUGUAACAACAUUGUUUUCAUUUGUUUUCAUUAGAUAGAAAGUAAAAAAACUUCCUGUGAAAUAAUAUGAAUAUUUGUAAAAUCCUAGCUAUGGAACCUGCUUGUCAUGACUAAUUAAAAACAUCAUUAGAUCACAACUCACAAUCAACAAAACACACACUGACUGAACUGAGAUUUAUUCAAUAAUUGCAUUUGCCAGGCUAUAAAUCUGUGGUGUUGUGUUACAGUACAGGACAAUAUUUCAUUGCUGUUUGAGAAAAUAAGUCACUUUUUUAGUUAAAAAAAAA